AUGACGGAUCCGCGCAAAGAGUACAUUGUACAGUGCAUCAUCAGCGUGCUGAACAUCCCACGCAACGAGUUCCGGAGCAAUACGACUUCAAACACGGCUUUGGAAAAGUUCCUGGAUCAUCCCAAUGAGAAGAUUCUCCAGGCGAUUGAGAAUGAUUCAGGUGAUACCUCGAAGCGCACAGUCACGUUUCAGCUUGGCUUCUCCAGCUAUGUGGAGGGACUCCCUGAGAUGCAUUUCGUCAAGACAUCAUAUGAGCCACUUACAGAAGCGAACAUCUCAAGACUGGUGAUGGUAUCGUCACUUAGAUUAUCUGCUGUUCGCAGUCUCUACUACAACGUGCGCGAGGUUUUCAUGCCUCUGCUCGUGGAGACAAAGGAGAAUGACGGACUGGAAGGCCGCCUGACAGAUUGCUUGGUUGAGCUGGAUGCGGGCCUGAAAGCAUCCCUCCGACGAGGGCUUAGAAGUCGGAAUGCGGGCGAGUUUGACGACAAUGACACGUCAGGGAUCGUCACGCCUGUAGAUGAAGUCCACUUUUGGGAGGAGCUCAAAAAUGCCACAGGUGUAGGUGACGCUGCAGUGAACCGUGCCAGCAAAUUCUCAGAUGCUCUCGCCCCAAUUGCGUCUGAACUUGAUGAACUGACAAAAAAGACAUUUCCCCAGCUUCUUGAGCUUACAGAGACUAUCAUGGACUGCUUGGAUUCACUAUGGCAGUGCGAGGUGAUUCCUCCAUACCCAGCUCCAAGAAUGCUCCAUUUCUUGCGUGUGAUUGCUGGUGCUCUUGGCAGAUGUGUCCAAUCCAGAUUGAACAGCCUCAAUGUGUGGACAUCCUCCUUCUCCCAGGUGUCUAAGCACAUUCGAGAAGGGCAUAAGGUAUGCGAGCGUUGGAAUGAAGUCACGGUAGAUCUUACGGAUGUGCAGUGGAGGUCGCCUGAGAACAGAUGGGAAGGUGAUGCUUACAAGGACCCUUUCUUGACGAAUCUGGCAGGUCGGAUCCAAGAAGUUAGUCAGCUGCGUGGUCAGCAUGAUCAGAUCCUGAAGCUCCUGAGCGAAGAUGAGCUCAAGGCAAUGCAAAUCGAAAGCUGCUUCGAGCCCUUCCUGAAGCUCUCCGCUUUCAGCUACAAUGAUUACACAGUACCGGCCUGGAGGACAGCCCUUGCAGAAUACGAGGCACGAAUGGCACCCGUAGAAGCUCAAGUUGCAGAACGCUUGCGUGCUGAGCUCUUCACCAACACAUCGAAUCCAGCGCAGACCGUGCGCGUGUUCCAAAGAUACCAAGACUUGCUGGAGCGUCGGAACAUCCGCGAGUCCUUGACCAAUGAACGCGAGAGGCUGCUCACGGAGUUGGAUGAUUUUCUCGGCCGUGUCCAGGCAGAGCUAGAAACGUUUGACUCGAGCAAUUUGCCAGCCGGUCGAGGCCUGAGCCUGCAUGCACGUAAGAUGGUUUGGGUCGAACACCUUCGAAGCAAGGCGGAUUUGGCGGCUCGGCCACUUGCUGGAUUCUUGAAGGAUUUGCACGCUGCGGGCAAGGUUGGCAACACCUACAAGAAGGUCCGUGCUGAGUUGAAAGAGUUCAGAAAUCGAGCAUACAAAGAUUGGUGUGAUGAAGUCGAAUCACAGUUGAAAGACCCAGACGACCCAAUCGCGCUUGAAAUGAACAGUCGCGUUAUGGAUUUUGAUACUGCGCAGCAGGGAGCUCUGAAAAUAACAUAUUCAGAGCGGCUCAUUGAGCUUGUCAAGGAAGGGCGCAUUUUUGAGCAGCUGGGCUGCAACAUCCCCAACAAGGUGAAGCUCGCAGUGCAGGAUGGUCUGAAGUUUUACCGAUUUGCGGUGCAGCUGAAGCAAGUGUGCAACUUCUAUAACACGCUGUCAGCGGAAUUGCUUCCGUCACAAAAGCUGAUGGUCCUGCAGCCAGCCCUGGCUUUUGAGCAGCUCUUCAAUGAAAAAAGUGGUAUGAAGAAGGUCCAGUGGAACAAGUUUGAUCAGCUCGAAACGUUCACACGAAAUGUGAAAGAUGGAGCGGAGCGCCUAAGAGCCGUCAACAGGCGUUUGCGCAAUGGUCAUGCCCAAGUAUCGCAAGAGGUCGUCCAGUUGGCCAACAUCAGCUUGCUUCGUCAGCGAGACCAAUGGAAGCUGAAGCUCGCACAGAUACAGAAGGCAAUCGAUGCCACCAUUGGAGCUUGUGGUUGUCAAGUUCCAGAUGCUAAGCCGUGGAAGGCUCACUGGGAUUACCAGAUUUUCAAGAUAAUGGAGAUUCAGUACCGCUUUGGACUGGAAAGCCUAAAUGAAAAUCUGCCGGAAAUGAAGGCCGACCUCAUCCUGGCGCAAAAGCAGCUCAAGCUGAAGCCGCCCUUGGAGGAGCUGAAGUCAUUGUAUUUCAAGGAGAUCAAAUCCUUCAUUUCUCUGCCACUCCAGUUCAAGGGUCUUGAUGGCGCACCGCACGUGUACAAAGCAAUGCCAGAUCGCAAUGCAGAAGGUAUCGCAGUCGUGUUCCAGAAAGCCGAUGGGCUUUUCCAGCGAGUACAGCAACUCCAAAACUCGUUCUCUCCGUGGAUGGUGGUAGGAUUGAUGCCAGAGCGGGUGCAAGAACUUGUAGAAGAGCUAUCCGACCCGAAGGAUUGGGACCUGAACUUCAGAGCCAUCAAAGCAAAGCGAAAAGAAAUGGACAAAAUUCCAGACACCGUAAAAAUAGACUGCUUCACGAUCAGCACGGUGGUUCUGAAAUCAGUCAUUGAAGACCAGCUAGAACGCCUCAGUGAUCAGCUGGUCAUCGCGUUGAGGCGCAAGGCUUCCGAUGAGAUCAAAUCUGUGAUGCAGUUUUUGGAGCAAGCUCUUGACAAGCUGAACGUGCGUCCAGACACUGUGCAGGAACUGGGCAAGGCACAGGCGGAUGCGGCUAUCCUCAUGGAACAGCAGUCAGAUUGGAAGAAGCAACUCGAUGCUGCAGAGGAGAAGAACAAGCUGCUGAAAACAGUUGGCACUGGCAUUGACAUGAGUGAGGUGCAGAACAAGUGGGAGGAUUUCCUGAUUCGAUUGGAAGCUUUUGAGCAGCUGGCCAAUGACCUGCGAGAAGAGCUGCGAGGCAAGAUGGACCAGCGCAUCGUCCAGAUGAACAGUGACAUCGAGAAGUUUGCGUCCCGCUGGCAAUCACUGAAACCUAAGACCGCCGAUGAUUGCUCCAUUGAAGAAGCAAAGAAGAAUGCAAAGCAAAUGCAAGAGUGGCAAUCUGAGUGGCAAGCCUUGAGGGAGCAGAUGACUGUCCUGCAGGGCGACUGCGCGGACUUUGGGUUACCACCGCCAGAGCUGUCCAAUAUAGCUGAUGUGGAAGAGGACCUGAACAGACAGCAGGCCAGCUGGAGUCUCUUCGAGGAGUUUACAACAAAUUAUGAGGAGUUGCUUCUGCAAACUUGGCUUGAGUUAAGGCCACGCCUCUUCAGUGUACAAGACCUGGCGCACCAUUGGCUUGCACGACUACGCGAAGUUCCAAGAGAUCCGGUGACUCACAUGCUGUCAAUGCAGGUGCAGAAGCUGAAUAGUGCUCACCCUGCCCUGAAGGCAAUGACAGGAGAGCCUUUCGAGAAGGAUCAUUGGAAGAUCCUUUUUGGACUCUUGAAGCUCCCUCCUGACACCAAGCUUGAGGCGCUCACUUUCCGCAUGCUGGCCGACAGACUUGACGUCAUUGUUGAAAAGGUGGACGAGCUGAAGGAGUUGACAGCACGCGCAAUUGGAGAAGUCACAAUCCGCGAUGCAGUCAUGGAGGUAUCUGCAUGGUUUGAACAGGCAGAAUUCAAUUUCAUGGAUCAUCCUGUCAAAGGAGGCUCGGUACCUCUCAUCAAAGACUGGAAAGAUUUGAUGUCUGAGGUGUCCGAGAAGCAGAAUCUCUGUGGCUCUUUAAAGGAUUCGCGCUUUUUUGGCCCUUUUAAAGAUCAAGUGGACAAGUUCGAAGAGAAGCUGACGCUGUUGGACGAGUUGCUGCUCUGCAUGAACAAGGUCCAGCGAAAAUGGGUUUACUUGGAACCUAUAUUCGGCCGGGGCUCCUUGCCACGGGAGAAAGAACGCUUUGACAAAGUCAAUGGGCAAUACAGACAAAUCAUGAAAAACAUUGGGGCGGCAAAGAAGGUCAACCAUCUCUGCACAGUUCGAGGCCUCAAAGAUCAAUUCACGACGUUGUCUGACCAGUUGGAGCGAUGCCAGAAGGCUCUGAACAGUUUCCUCGAGGAAAAGCGUUCUGCUUUCCCACGCCUUUAUUUCAUCGGUGAUGAAGACCUGUUGGAGAUUCUGGGGCAAUCUAGCAAUCCGGAAGUAAUUCAGGCCCACCUGAAGAAGCUGUUUGCAGGCAUUGCGACUGUGGACUUUGAUGCGAACAUCACUCGUAUUGUGGCCAUGAACAGCUCUUUGAAGGAAAAUGUUCCACUCGGAAAUCCCGUGGUUGUGCGAGAGGGGGAGGAUCCCUUGCCUGUGGAGGAGUGGCUUUCCAAUCUCUCGAAUGAGAUGUUCUCCACACUGGCCGUGCAGCUGCAAGGAUGCUAUGCUCAGUCAGAAAUGGAUAUGCAGCAGUUCGAGAAAUACCCAUCGCAGUUGCUAUGCUUGAGUGCGAACAUACACUUCACGCACAACAUCGAGAGGUACAUGAGCAAUGGCCAGCUGCUCCAGCUCAAGGGGGACUUGCAAACCCAGCUGACGUCCAUGACGUCGUUGUCCUUAGAUGGUGCUCUGCCACAAGCCAAGCUGAAGGCUUUGAUCCUGGAUCUCAUCCACAACAUCUCAGUCCUGGACGACCUUCUGGUGCACAAAGUACAGAAGAGUUCUGAAUGGAGCUGGUACCGUCAGCUCCGCUACUACUUGAAGCAAGGAGUUGGCCCAGAACAGAAACCAUGCAGUGUUCGGAUGCUUGAGUGUGAGCAAAGCUAUUCCUUUGAGUAUCAAGGAAAUGCUCCAAAGCUUGUGCAUACCCCGUUGACGGACAAGUGCUACUUGACUCUGAUGCACGGCUUGCAUCUGGGGUACGGAGGUAACCCGUACGGCCCCGCUGGAACAGGCAAGACAGAAUCUGUUAAAGCGCUUGGCUCAUGUCUAGGACGACAGGUCUUGGUUUUCAAUUGUGAUGAGGGUAUUGACUUCCAAGCAAUGGGCCGUAUCUUCGUGGGCCUUGUGCGUUGUGGCGCAUGGGGCUGCUUUGAUGAGUUCAACCGGCUACUGGAGGAACAAAUGAGUGCAAUUUCGCAGUCCGUGCAGCUCAUCCAGGCAGCCAUCAAGAACAGUCAUAGCACUGUACAUCUGCUCAACCGCGACGUGCCCGUCAAUCACAAUGCUGGCAUCUUCAUUACUUUGAAUCCAGCUACCAAAGGUUAUGGUGGACGACAGAAGCUGCCAGACAACCUUAAGCAGCUCUUCCGUCCAGUGGCCAUGAGCGUGCCAGACAAUGAGCUCAUCGCGGAGGUCAUGAUGUUCGCAGAAGGGUUCAUAAGCGCCAAGGUGUUGGCACAGAAGGUGGUGGCUUUGUUUUUGCUUUCACGGCAGCUAUUGUCAUCACAGCAACAUUAUGAUUGGGGCUUGCGAGCUCUGAAGCCCAUCUUGACUUUGGCUGGCCGACUGCUGCAAGAGACAAAGGCUCUCCAAGCAGAGCCUCUGCGCGAAGACGAGGAGUCAGUUCUCUUGUUGAAGGCCGUUCGUAUGAACACCCUUUCCAAGCUGACAUUUGCAGAUUCCAAACGAUUCCAGGACUUGUGCAUGGAUUUGUUCCCUGGAAUCAAUGUGAAGGACAUCGAAUACAAGGAGCUGGAGUCAGUCAUCCGUGAAACCAUGCGGGAGAUGAGGCUUGCAGAAAUCGAUUCGCAAAUUUACAAGAUGCUACAGUUCCAUGAGGCAUGCCAGCAGCGGAUGGGUGUGGGCAUUGUUGGUCCAUCCGGUUGCGGCAAAAGCACCAUUUGGAAAGUCCUUGAGGCGGCCUAUAAGAAGCAAGGCAAGAAGUACGUCGUUCAUGUGAUGAAUCCAAAGUCCAUGCACAGAGUGCGUUUGCUGGGCUACAUGGACCACGACACACGCGAGUGGUUUGAUGGUGUUCUGACAGCUAGCGCCAGAAAAGUCAUCAAAGAGCCGUCGACAACUCAUAACUGGAUUGUGUGUGAUGGUGAUAUAGAUCCUGAAUGGGUAGAAUCAUUGAACAGCGUGCUGGAUGACAACCGGCUUCUCACGAUGCCUAACGGCGAGCGAAUUCAGUUUGGCACCAACGUAAACUUCGUAUUUGAAACCGAUCACUUGAGAUUUGCAUCUCCGGCAACGAUCAGUCGAUUGACAAUGAUCUUCCUGUCAGAGGAAGAUGUUGAUGUGAAGCCUCUGGUUGCCUCUUGGAUCCUGAAGCAGCCUGAAGAGCAGCAGGCUCAACUGGAAAGUUGGUUCGACGAGCUUUUCUACAGGGCCUUGGACUGGCUUUACAAGGGCCCGCGUGAGAUGGCCAUUGAAACAACUCGCAUGGGCAUGGUCAGCAAUGUUCUUGGGCACCUUAGCAAGGCGGAGGGAGACGCUGCUGUGACUGUCCAUGACAAAAGCCCUAGCAUUUCAAAGCAAAGCUUCCUGCUUGCCAUAUGUCGCGGACUGGGAGGCAACCUGUCUGAAGAGGAUCGUGGUGAGUUAACACGGGAGGCUUUCAAGUGGUCCAACGAAAACAUUCCUGAUCCGAGCCAGCCGCUUCAUUGCCAGGUCGUGGAAUCCCUCAUCGUUGGCUAUGCAGUCUCCGCGGGUUUUACAGAGAUCUCCCUCGAAGAUGUUAAACGUGCUGCCGUACUACCUCCACUGGUUCCGACUGCAACAGUGCUUCGCAAUAUGGACCUUUUCGCAACCUGGCUUGCACAGGAACAACCGUUUGUCGUCAGUGGUCCCGAGGGGGCAGGCAAGAACUUAUUGAUCCGUCAUGCCAUUCAUCGACUGCAGAAUGAGUCUGAUGCAGCAUUGAAUGUUGCAGUCCUAAACUGCAAUGCGCAGACAUCUUCCAAGGAUGUGCUGCAGAAACUGCGGCAGUUUUGUGCAGUAUCCACAGGGACUACCGGCCGAAUCUAUAGACCACGCGAAGGUAGACGUCUUGUGCUGUAUUUGAAGGACAUCAACUUGCCCACACCCGACAAGUACGACACUUCCGAAAUCAUAAUGUUCUUGCAGCAAGCGGUCAUGCACAGAGGGUUUUAUGAUGAUGAUCUGGAGUUUGUACUUCUGGAACACAUUCAGAUCGUGGCUUCGAUAGCGCCUGCCAGCACGCUGGGGCGGCACCGUUUGGCAACUCGUUUCACGGCUAACGUGAGGGUCUGCUCCAUAUCAUACCCAAGCUCUGAGGAGCUUGUUGAAGUCUACACGCACUUUCUGCGCGCAACUUUCACGUCACCUGACUGGCAAAACGUGGCUGAUAGAAGUCAUGGCUUAUGCGAGAAACUGGCAGAGGCAAUGGUUGACAUAUAUGCGAGCAUGAAGGCUAAGUUUACAAUGGAUGACCAUGAGCAUUACCUCUUCAACCCCCGUGAUUUGACACAAUGGGUUCUCCAGUUGCUCCGGUACGAAGUGAUGUCUGUUGAAAGCCUCGUAGAGGCCUGGGCCUACGAAGCCACGCGAAUUUUCCGUGACAGGCUUGUGGGAGAUGAAGCAAAGAACCAUUUCGAUGCUUUACUCAGGAAUGCACUGAUACAAUAUGUAGGUGUGGAUGUUGAAGUUGACAAGCUUAUUUUCACUGCGAUGCUGACCUUGAGUGACGAGGGUGUUCCCAGUGGUGACAUGAAAAAGGUAUCCGUUGAAGAUUACACGAAGAUGGUGAAGGAUGGCUUGAAGUCGUAUCAGCGUGAGGUGAAAGACUUGGAGAUUGAACUUGUUCCGGAGGUGCUGGAGCAGCUGAGCUGGAUGGAUCGUGCACUUGCUGCCCCUGUUGCCAAUGAUCUCUUGGUUGUAGGCCGCUCAGGAGGUGGAAAGCGGUCAGUAAUCUCACUCCUAGCACACAUGCACCGACUGGCAGUGUUCAGCCCAGCACCAGCACGUCGAUAUGGUGACAAGGAAUGGAAGCGGGACCUCAAAGCCGUCAUGCAAAUGACAGGGGUAGAGAAGCAGCACACUAUUUUGUUCCUUGAAGACCACCACUUGCUAAAAUCAGAGUUCUUGGAGUCUGUGAACUCACUGUUGAGUGCCGGUGAUGUUCCUGGCAUUUGGACACCCGAGGAGCUUGAACCAUUGUUGGCUCCUUUGAAGGAGGAGUGGGCUGCUUCGCAGGGUCGGGGAGGUGGUGCAAGGACGCCCUUUGAGUACUUCUGCAACCAAGUUCAGCAGCGUCUACAUGUUGUGCUUUCGAUGGACCCAAAUCACCCGCACUUCCUUCCAUACUGUGCUGCAAACCCAGCGCUUUUCUCGUGUACGACUGUGUUGUGGCUGGAUGAGUGGUCUGAGCAGAGCAAGACGAUUAUUGCCCAAAGGAUUCUCGGAGAAAUGCUUUCUCAGAAGGCAGACCUCGGACCGUUGUUGCAGUAUAUCCAUGCUUCUCAGGCAAAAGCUUCCCCACGGCACUACAUCACGCUCCUUCAGACCUGCCAUGCUAUGUACUCAGCGAAGAUAUCCACAGCAUCCGGGCAAAGUUCGCAUUUACAGAAAGGCCUUUCAAAGCUUCAGGAGGUGAGCCAGACCGUGGAGAGGCUACAAGAGGAUGCCAUCGCCAAGCAGAAGGUCUUGGAAGAGAAGAAGGUGCUUGCAGCUGAAGCCUUGCAGCGCAUCACAAAGGCCAUGCAGCAGUCCGCAGAUCGCCGCCAGGAGGUUGAGCGUUUGGAGGGGCAGACGCAGCUGGAACAGGAAAAGAACAGCGCGGACAAGGCAUCCAUUGAAAAAGAGCUGUCUGAAAUUCAGCCCAUCCUGGAUGCUGCUAAAAAGGCGGUUGGCAGCAUCAAGCCGGAGCAUCUCAAUGAAAUCAGGGCUUUGAAAAUGCCCCCCGAUCCGAUCCACGACGUGCUCAAUGGCGUGCUGCGUCUCAUGGGAAAUUAUGACAACUCAUGGGCUUCGAUGAAGAAGUUCUUGGCUGGUACCGGUGCGAUACAGCGCAUUGUCAACUUUGACCCGCGGCAGAUUGAUGACAAGACACGGGUGGAUGUCGAGAAACUGCUGAGAGAAAAGGCCAACUCUUUUGAUCAUGCCACAAUCUACCGUGUCUCAGUAGCUGCUGCUCCAUUGGCCAAGUGGGUAGUGGCCUGUGUCCGAUACAGCACCGUUCUUGUAAAGGUUGCACCGAUGGAGAAGGCACGUGAUGAUGCAGAAGAGUCUCUUCGCGCUGCUAUCGAGAAGCUCGCGGUAUACAAGGAUGAACUUGUCCAAAUCGAUGAGGAUGUGCAGCGCCUUCAGGAAGAGUUCGGGGCACGCACUAGGGAAGCUGAAGUCCUCCGUGUGGACUUGGAGCGUGCGACUACGACACUCGAGAAGGCAGACCACUUGAUGAGCAAGAUGUCGUCCGAGAAAGACCGCUGGGAGUCACAGGUUGCUGAAAUCCAACGGGAUGCCGCUCUAUUGUCCACUCAUACCUGCCUGUCAGCCGCCUACUGCACCUAUUUGGGCCACUUCUCUGAGGAUGUCAGACAACAGGCCAACUUCCUGUGGACGGAGUCUCGAGGAAUCACAACAUUUGAUUUCCUGCGGAUCAUGUCUUCCGAGAGUGAGCUUCUGACCUGGAAGGCUCAGGGUCUCUCAGCAGACCGCCUGUCUCAGGAGAAUGCAGUCAUGAUCAAUUCUGGUAUACUUGUUCCAUUCAUUGUGGACCCCAACAGCCAGGCUCUUGAAUGGCUGAAACAGACAAAUCCUUCAGCAGAGAGAGUUCUGCAGCAAGACCCGAAGCUGGUGUCUCAGCUUGAGCUUGCGGUAAGAUUUGGCAAAGUGCUGAUCGUGCAGGAAGUCGAUGGUAUUGACAACUAUUUAGUGCCAUUGCUCAGACGUGACAUGGUCCGGCAGGGGCCGAGGCAAGCUGUGCAGAUUAGUGACAAGAUGUGCGACUUUGAUGAGAAUUUCCGGUUGUUCCUCUGCACACGGAAUUCAAGUGCGAUCGAGAUGCUUCCUCCCAACACAGCCUGCCUUGUGACUCGUGUGAACUUCACGGUAACACGUGCAGGAUUGGAGGGCCAGCUGUUGGGGGUGACCUUGCAGCACGAAAAGCCAGAGCUGGAACACCGCAAGUCAGAGCUGCUGCAGAAGGAAGAAGCCUUGAAGGUAGAGCUGUCUGGUCUUGAGAAGACUUUGCUCGAACAACUUGCAGACUCCAGCGGCAACAUCCUCGAAAAUGAGCCACUCAUCCAGUCCUUGGAGCAAACCAAGGCAGCAGCAAUCACGAUUUCAGAAUCCCUCUCGGAAUCCUCACGCCUGCAGAUGGACUUGGAUCAGCAGCGUGAGGUGUAUCGUCCGCUUGCCACAUUGGGCUCCAGGAUUUUCAUUCUUGUCAAAGAGCUUUCCGUUAUUGACCACAUGUACCGCUUUUCUUUGGAAGCCUUCAUGGCGCUGUUCAACAAAGUGCUCAACUUGCAGCUUGGCUCCGAGACCACCGAUGACAAGCUGAGGCAACUUGGAAAUCAGCUGAAGAUUGUAGUUCUCUUCUACAUCUCCCGGUCGCUUUUCAAAGCUGACAGGCUCACUUUUGGCAUUCACAUGGUUCGGGGUAUCAUGCCAGACAAAUUUGAAGUAAACGAGUGGGAGCUCUUUCAAGGAGUUUUCAUCCCAGCAAGCCAGCCGCCUACGCCAGUUCCGUCGUGGUGUCCUCAAGACAGAUCUGCUGCUCUACAGACUCUGCGGGCAACGUUUCCGAAGAUUGACGAACACUGGCAAUUGAACAAAGAUGCACUUUGGUCAACAUGGGUUGCAUCUGACAAGUGUGAGGAGACCUUUGAUGGCUCCGUGUAUUCACGAAUGUCUGCAUUUCAGCGGGUCCUGCUGAUACAGGCUGUGCGACCCGACCGGCUGGAGUCUGCACUGACGCAAUUUGCCUGCGAGGCUCUUGGUGUGUCAUCACUGUCCCCACCACCGCUGAGCUUAAAUCGCCUCUACAAGGAGGAGACAACAAGCAAGCUCCCGGUCCUCUUCGUGACCACACCUGGAGCCGAUCCGUCUGCAGAGCUUGAAGAGUUUGCAAAGAUGUACGCAGCCGAGUCUGCUCCAAGCAUGAACUUCCACCAGCUUGCGAUGGGCGGUGGGCAGAACGAUGAUGCGAUAAGGCUUCUGCGUGAAGCAGCAAAUGUUGGUGAUUGGGUUUGCUUGAAAAACUUACAUUUGGUGAUCAGCUGGGUCCCGCUGCUCGAGAAAGAGUUCAAAAGUUUGCAACCGCAUGAGAACUUCCGGUGUUGGCUGACGACAGAAGCGCACGCUAAAUUUCCAACCAUUCUGCUGGAAACGUCGCUGAAGGUGACUUACGAAGCACCCCCCGGUGUGAAGAAGAAUGUGUUGCGAACGCUAGAGUCAUGGAAUCAUCAUUGGUUUGCGCAGGGAAAUGACCUUAGGUCAAGGGUGAUCUUCCUGUGUGCGCACUUUCAUGCGAUCAUGCAGGAGCGCAGGACCUACAUUCCUCAGGGUUGGACAAAGUUCUAUGAAUUUUCCCAGAGCGAUUUACAGAGUGCCUGUGAGACAGUAUCAUUGCUGGUGAAGUCAGGAGAAUCUUUCAAGCAGUCUAGUCCAGGAGCGAUUGGCAUUGACUGGGUCACACUCAUUGGAGUGCUGGAACAGGCGGUGUACGGAAGUCGUGUCGACAAUGACUUUGACUCCCGUCUUGUGCGAGAAUACCUGGCAAUGUUUUUCAAGUCUGAGACCUUGGAGGGUGGCAGACGAAAGGCUGGACUUGUGGAGAUUCCUCCAUUUGAUAUCCCCAUGUCCACGAACAUGGGGGAUUUCCGUGCGCGCGUGGAGCAGCUGCCGGAUCUAGACAAUCCAGCAUCUUUUGGCAUGGCGCCAAAUGCGGAUCGUUCAUUGCAGCGUAUCAACUCGGCAAAGGCAAUCUCGCUUUUGCGCCAGCUGGCCACGAGUGGAGGAGAGACGGGCGAUUCCACUGCGGCUACGGUUGACAUCAAGGUGUGGAGAACCCAGCUUGCACCUCUCUUCACAAUUUGGGACAAUGUGAGCAAAGGGCACCUCAGCAAACUAAAAAGCAUAGAUAUUCGUGCCGUUCAUCCGGAUGAUCCGCCUUCUAUUGCGUUUGUCUUGAUGGAUGCAGCAGAAGCUUCUAGAUUGGGGGAGGUCGUCACAGCUGCUCUAUCAACCUUGCAGCGGGUGGUGAACGGUCACGCUUUGAGUACACCGGACUUGCAAGUGCAAGCCAAAGCUCUGAUAAGGGGCGAGGUACCUGAGUCAUGGUCCGUCACGUGGCCAUCUGCCCCUGAAGAUCCUUCGCUCUACCUGCAAGGUUUGGCCAAGCGCAUCGCAGCGCUUAAAGGAGAUUGGGUGCGGCGGGUGCAGUCGAGAAAUAUUCUUGCGCAGCCUAUCUGCCUAAGCGAUUUCCUGCGGCCCGACGUUUUCCUGAAUGCACUUCGUCAAGAGACGGCCAGGAGGCUGGCUGUUUCCAUUGACAGCUUACACUUAGUUUCAACAUUUGAGCCACACCUUCUGAGCGAUGAGUCGUCCCCACUGCCGGUGACAGUGCAGGAACUUAUUCUUGAAGGUUGUGCCUUUGAUGACUCCAAACGGAUGCUGAUUGAAGGGCAGCGAAACUCCCCAUUGGUGUCCGUGCUACCGCCGAUGACAAUCACAUGGAUGUCAAGAGCCACUCAUCCCGAGCGGACAGCUUCGUCAGCAAGGUCGGCUGGCACCAUUUCUUUGCCUGUGUAUGCCUCGCUUACUCGUGAACGAUUGAUUGCGGAGGUUGAGCUCAGUACAGACAGCGCUCGCCAGCGCAAGCUCAAUGCCGCAGCGCUGUUCUUGACAGAAAACGAGUGA